AUGGCCCGCUUUAUCGCCCACCGCGGCGAGUACCGCGCCGAGGUCGCGGCCGCGGCACAGCUCCUCCUCGGCCGCGCCACGCUCGGCAUCAGCGACAAGCGCGUCUCGCGCGGGCAGCUCCGGCUGUCCGCGUCGCCGAACGGCUCACAGCUCACCGCGGCGAAUGUCGGUGUCAACUCGAUCGGGAUUCGGCGCGCGGCGAGCGCGGACAUCGCGCCGCUACGCAAGGGCGCGUCGACGAGCCUCACCGCCGCCGACCUUCCCGCCACCGUCUACCUCUCACAGGCGUCGGCGCUACCUCUGCUCUGUCUCUCUCGGGCGGAGGACAAGGAGUGGCUGUAUCCGCUCCAGCUUGACGCCGCGCCCGAGCAGAGCAUAGCAGCCGGGGCAGCGGCGGGGUCGGAGGAGGCGGCGGCGGAGGCGGCGGAGGCGGCGGCGGCGGUGGAGGCAGAGGCAGCUGCUGCGGCGGCGGCGACGAAGGCGGCAGCGACGAAGGCGGCGGCGACGGCGGCGGCGACGGCGGCGGCCAAGGCGGCCGAGGCGGCUGAGGCCGAGGAGGCGGAGGCGGCGGCGGAGGCGGCGGCGGCGGAGGCUGAGGAGGAGGCGGCGGAGGGAUUCGCGAUCAACAGCAGCCACAACAACGGCGGCGGCGGAGACGUCAGAGACGGCGGAGACGUCGGAGACGGCAACAGCGGCCCAGACCGGCGGGAGGAGGAGGAGGAGGCGGUGGAGGAGGGCGGGGCGGGGGAGGAGGAGGCGGCGGGGGGAGAGUGCUCGGGAGGCGACAAGGCGGCCGGCGGAGGCAACGGCGCCGGAGGCAGCGGCGGCGGAGGCAGCGGCGGCGGAGGCAGCGGCGGCGGAGGCAGCGGCGGCGGAGGCAGCGGCGGCGGCGGCGGCGAUGGAAGUGGCAGCGGCGGUGGCGGUGACGGCGGCGGUGGCGGUGACGGUGGCGGUGGCGGUGGCGGUGGCGGUGGCGGUGGCGGUGGCGGUGGCGGUGACGGUGGCGGUGGCGGUGACGGUGGCGCGCCAGAGUGGCAGGCGGGGCGGUACGGCGUGGAGGUGGACGGCGAGCAGUACGCGAUGAAGAGCUCAAACCUCGAGGCCGACCGGGCGGGCGAGCAGGCGGCGCUCGAGGGGCGGGCGGUGCUCGAGGGACUGGUGGGGCGGCCCGACCUGAACGGUGUCGCCGUGACCGUCGGUAAGCUCCACUUGGCGGGCCCGCAUGAGGGGAGGUACGCCAUCCGGCACGCCCCGGACGGCGGGGAGGUGCGGGCGAGGCACGCGGCGCGCUACUCCGCCACCGCCUCCGAGCGCGAGGCCGCCGCCGCCGCCGCCGCCGCCGCGAGCGCCGCCGCGCUGGCAGAGGCGCCGCCGCUGCACAUUCUGUCGUACAACUUGUGGUUUGAGCACCCAGACACGUUCGAGGCGCGCGGAGGGGUGCGAUGGGGCUUGCGACACUCGUCUCGGACGCGUCUCGAGACGGGUCUCUGA